AUGGCCAUUCAACCACUUGCUCCAGCCGACGCUUCUAGGCUCAAAGACGUCUCUGUCCUAAUCACCGGCGCGGCUUCUGGCCUGGGAAAACACGCCGCUACCUUUUUCGCAAAGUCAGGCGCCCUCGUCACGAUAGCCGACCUGCAAGACGGGUCCCAUAUCGCCGCCGAGUUGAGUCAGCAAGGCUACAAGGUUCAAUUCGUCCGCUGCGACGUGACCAGUUGGGAUUCCCAAGUCGCUGCAUUCCGCGCUGCCCUCAACUUCUCCCCAACGAAGACGCUCGAUGUUGUGGCAGCCUUUGCCGGCGUCGACGGCUUCGAUCAUAUCGUCGACCACGUCUCUCGCAGCGAAGUUUCCGUCGAAGGGCCCCCUCCGCCGAUCCCCAGUGUUGCGCCGAUCGAAGUCAACCUCAAAGGCGCAUAUUAUACGUCCACGCUCGCUCUGCACUACUUCCGCCUCAAACCCCAGGGGGGUACCGUUCCAACUCUUACACCGUCCAAAUCCCUGACCAUCGUAUCUUCCUUAGCUGGAUACAUCGACGACACCCACAGCACGCCGUAUACGGCGUCUAAGUUUGGUAGCCGGGGCCUCUUCCGCGCCCUACGCGCACACGCCCACAACCAGCUCAACGUGCGUGUGAACACCAUCGCGCCCUGGGCCAUGAAGACGCCCAUGAUCGAAGCCGCGCUCGAGAGAAUGGCGGAAUUCGGUAUUAUGCCCAGUAAAGGAAUCACGUUGGUGGAACAUGACGUCUUGACACAGGCGUUAACGAGAAUUGCGGUCGACGAGGGCAUUCAUGGUCGCUCAUUUGCAAUUGUGCCGGAAGGCGCCGUAGACCUGGGGGAUGAUAUCGACGGCAGUUACGCCGGGCCAAAACUAGUCGAGUUGAUGGGAUUGCGCAAAGCAGCAGGUGAUUACCUCCAUAGUUGA